AUGGCUGAGGUGCCCUCAAGACCCUGCUCGACGAGCGGCUGCGGAAAACUAGCAAGCAAACUGGAAUGCCCUAAAUGUAAACAGGACCCUAAUCUGCCCUCUCGUUUCUUCUGCUCCCAAACCUGCUUCAAACAAGCCUGGCCCGAACACAAGAUCUCCUGUCAUUCGAACAUCCCUGCUCCCGUCGUGCCAUCGGAAUACAGAGGAGCGUCCGGAACUUACGAUCCAUUUGACGAGCAUAAUAUAUCAUCCUAUCCGCUUAGAAGUCGCUCGAAGGAGACUUUCCGGGCGAUCCAACACUUCAAAUACACUGGUCCAUUGAGAGCGUGUUACCCGAUCGAAGGUGUGCCGAAGAGGACUGUGCCAGAAUCCAUACCCCUACCGGAUUAUGCAAAGGACGGUGAGUGGUCCUUGACUGGGCUCAAAAACGUCUUCUCCGUCGUCUCCUACGGCCUCCAAGAAGUGGUUCAACAUGGCAUUUCGCCCUCUGAACAGGCAAUAUCUGGUCAACGCCUCGGGAAGCCUUUGAAACCGCAUGAAAUUGAUGGAAUGAGGAAGGUCUGCAAGCUUGCUCGAGAAGUGCUGGACUUGGCAGGCGCCCAUGUUAGGCCAGGGAUCACUUCCCUGGAACUAGACAAGAUCGUGCAUGAUGCAUGUGUGGAGCGCAAUUCGUACCCUUCACCUCUUGGUUAUUUUAUGUUUCCGCGUAGUGUCUGCAUCAGUGUCAAUGAGGUGAUUUGUCAUGGGAUUCCUGACGGGCGCCCACUCGAAGAAGGCGAUAUUGUCAACCUAGACGUUACCCUGUUCCAUGAUGGUUUUCAUGGGGAUUUGAACGCCACGUACCCGGUGGGGAAGAUCAGCGAAGAGUCCGAUCAUCUGAUCAAGUCGACGCGGAGGUGUCUGGAUCGGGCGAUCUCCAUCUGUCGGCCAGGCACACUAUUCAGAGAGAUCGGCAAUAUCAUCGAACCCAUGGCCAAACAGGCCGGGCUCAAUGUCAACAAGAGAUAUUGUGGUCAUGGCAUCAGCCAGUUAUUCCAUGGGCCCCCAAAUAUACCACACUAUGCCAAAUCGAAGGCCGUUGGAGAAAUGAAACCUGGAAUGGUUUUCACUAUCGAACCGAUGGUCAACCAAGGAGUUUCUGAUGAAGACCAUUGGCCGGACAACUGGACAGCAGUAACAAAGGACGGCAAACGGUCGGCCCAGUUCGAAGAAACAUUGCUGAUCACCGAGAACGGAGUAGAGGUCUUGACGGCCGAGCCGGGCUGGAAGUUGCCCGCCGAAUUCGAGGAGGUCGCCUUGGGUCUAGUGACGGCCUCCCAAUCAUAA